AUGGCCAAUUGCAAAAUGACGGCCACAGCCCAGGCGGCCUUCCUAACAGAGUCUUCCAACAAAGACCCUCAUCGUUACCAAGUUGGAUUUGGCAACAGAUUUGCAUCCGAAGCCGUCCCGAAUGUGCUUCCAAAGGGGCAGAACGUGCCUCAAAAAGUAAAGUAUGGACUAUACUCGGAACAAUUGAAUGGUGCUCCCGUAUUCAGCUCUCGAGAUGCCAUACGACACGUGUGGAUGUACAGGAUGAGGCCGUCUGUGGCACAUGGUCAGGUUUCGCCAGCUUCAGAUUUGAAUACUGAGAUUGAGUCUUGCUUCUCAACGGCGAACAAGCAAGUGGAGUUUAUUGCAUCCCAGCUGGCCUGGGAUCCAUUCCCGAUAGUAGAAUCCAGCGACCACCAAUCUUCAUCUGCUAGCAUAGACUUUCUCCAAGGUAUCAAGACUGUUGGCGGCCAAGGGGAUCCCACCCUCAGAGACGGCCUAGCAAUCCAUGUUUACUCGGCAAACACGUCGAUGGAACGGACGGCAUUGUCCAACAACGACGGAGAAUUCCUGAUUCUACCCCAACACGGCAGGCUAAACAUACAAACUGAACUUGGCUGGCUGAUGGUACGACCAGGCGAAGUUGUAGUUAUCCCCGCGGGAAUUCGGUUCCGCGUCCUUCUCCCAGACGGCCCAGUAAGGGGCUACAUACAAGAAGUGUUUGGCACCCAUUACGAGCUCCCGGAAUUUGGGGCCGUUGGCUCCAACGGCUUGGCCCUCCCGAGAGAUUUUGAGUCACCAGUUGCCAGUUUUGACAUUGACGAAGCUCCAUGGACAAUAAAUUACAAGAUAGCCGGCACCUUGCACACCUGUACGCAAAACCACUCCCCAUUUGACGUCGUCGCAUGGCACGGCAACUUGGUUCCCUAUAAAUACGCCAUGGAAAAGUUUGUCAACAUGGCAAAUGCGAGCAAAGACCAAGCCGACCCAACAAUAUACUGCGUUCUAACUGCACCAUCCAAGGUCCCCGGCGUGUCACUCAGCGACUUUCUAAUCUUCACAAAGAAAUGGAUCACGGCUGAAGACACCUUCCGGCCGCCAUACUACCAUCGUAACAUGAGCACUGAAGUCAUGGGGUUGAUAUACGGAAAGUAUGGUGGAUCAAGCCAUGUUCUCGAUGGCGGAGGCCUCAGCUACGAAGCGAGCUACAUGCCUCAUGGGGAAACCUACCAGACGUGGAAAGAUGCCACAGAACGCAAGUUGGAGAACGUUGUUAUAUGCGAGGAUACUAUGGCUUUCAUGUUCCAUAUUAGUGUUCCGGUAUUGCUUACGAAAUGGGCGACGCAAGGUGAAGGAUCCAAGUCCCUUCACCAAAGUGAUGCCCACCAGUGGGAUGAUCUGCAGGCACACUUCUUGGAUCAUUUGGAGGAUGUUAACAUGGAUUUGAAAGCCGCAGGGCUUCCGGCACUGACGGAGAAGAGUUAG